AGAUGGGAUAUUUAUUUUAAAAGUGAAUAAAUGUAAAUUAUUACCUUAUAUUUGUAAUUUUAUCUUUCUUAUUGGUGGUGGAUCAUAUGAUGGAAAUUGUGGUGACAUUAAAAUUGGAAAAUGGAUUGAAAUAAAUGAAGAUUUUUGGUGGAUAAGUUUUGAUGGAGAAUAUAAAAAUGGUGUAAAAUGUGGUAGAUGGGAUACUAAAAACCAAGGAUUGAUCAUGUAAAAAAUAUUUAAUAAAGUUGUUAAUUUAAUUGUGUUAGUGGAGGUGGAUCAUAUGAUGAAGUUGGAAAUGGCAUUAAGGUUGGAGAUUGGAUUGAAAUAAAUGAGAAUUAUUAGUCGAUAACUUAUGUUGGGGAAUAUAAAAAUGGCUUAAAAUUUGGUAAAUGGGAAACUAAAAACUAAGGAUUGUUGAUGUAAAAUAUAAAAUAAGCCCUUAAUUCUUAUGUAUUAGUGGUGGUGGGUCCUAUGAUGAAAGUUCCAAUGGCAUUAAAAUUGGAAAUUGGAUUGAUAUAGAUGUGAAAUCCUGUUUUUUCUAAUAAAUUAUCUAUUAAGGCGAAUAUAGGAAUGGCAAGAAAAUUGGACUAUGGGAUACCUGGUAGUAAAAGGAAGGAAAGAAUAACCAAAAUAAAAAAAUGUAAAUAUUUGAUAUAUGGUGAUUAAUACUGAAUGGUUUAGUGGCGGUGGAUCAUAUGAUGAAGAUGGGAAUGAGUUUAAAAUUGGAAAGUGGACUGAUUUCGAAUACGAGCAGAGAUAAGAGAAAAUAAUAAUUUUAAAUGGAAUUUAUGAAAAUGGUAAUAAAAUAGGUAGAUGGAAUAUUUUCUUUGAGGGAUCAGAGAUGUAAAGACAUUAUAAAAAAUAUCUUUAUUUUCUAGUGGUGGAGGAUUUUAUGAUCAGGAAGGUGAUGGUAUUAAAAUAGGUAAAUGGAUUGAUUUGGAUGAAAGAUUUUAUUAAGAAAAAUAAAUAACUCACAUAGGAAAAUAUAUACAGGGUAGAAAAGCUGGUUAAUGGGAUAUUUAUUGGAACUGGAAUGAAAACGAAAAGAUGUAAAAAUAUUGUAUAAGUAUAUUAUUCUAAACGUCAGUGGCGGUGGAGUUUAUGAUGAAGAAGGAAAUGGCUUUAAGGUUGGAAUGUGGAUUGAUUUGGAUGAAGAUUUUAAUUAUUGGAAAUAAAAAAUACUAAAUGGCAAAUAUAUUAUGGGUAAAAAAGUUGGUUCGUGGUAGGAAAUGUAUUUAAAUAAUAAAAAGAACAAGAACCUCAGAAUAAGAGAUUAUGAGAAUUGA